UUUGGACUUAGGACAGACACGCACCGAACUCGUCGUAUAGACUGUUCGCUCCUCGCGAAUUUGUGUACGAGACGCCUGUAGCCUCAAGCAUGAGUACUCCUUGUUGUCAAAAGCCGAAGCCUCUGAGCGAGCGUAUUCGGCAUUUCACUCCAGCAUGGCAUGCUGUGAACAUGGGGACCGGAGCGAUCUCGACGCUCUUUCACGUCUUCCCCUAUGGUACCCAAACUCGCGGAAUGCAAAUUGCAGCGCUUUUCUUCCUUAUCCUAAACUUCAUUUUCUUCGUCAUCCUCACACUAUGUGCUGUCGCACGAUACACCAUAUUCCGAGGAAUUUGGUCCUCUAUGAUACAUCAUCCUGUACAGAGUCUGUACUUGGGGUGUUUCCCGAUGGGUUUUGCGACGCUUAUUAUUGCGGCUGUGGGGAUUGUGUAUGAUUAUUUCGGAUUCGGAGGAACACGGUUGUUGUAUGCGCUUUGGGGACUUUGGUGGUUGGAUGUUGCUAUUUCGCUGGUGACAUGCUUUGGACAACUUCAUGUCAUGUUCACGCGCCAAACACACGAAACGUCUGCUAUGACGAUGGUCUGGCUGUUGCCUAUCGUUACUCUCAUCGUCGCAUCAUCAACAGGCGGAGUUGUCGCUCAAGCAAUGAUCCCAUUCGACGUUCCGCGCGUCUGCCUCACAUUGGCAGUUUGCAUGGCGCUUGUCAGCAUCGGAAUCACUCUCGCCAUUGCAGUCUUCACUAUUUACUUGCACCGUCUAAUCGUUCACGGCCUGCCAGAGGGCGUCACUAUAUUCUCCGCGUUCCUGCCUCUCGGACCACUUGGUCAAUCAGGCUAUGCUUUUUUGCUCCUCGGUGAAAUUUGUCGAGAUACUUUCCCGUUAACAGGCGGAGAUCCGGUGAUGAACGUAUUUGCGAACGAGCUAACACCGCAUAUUAUUUAUGUCUUAGCGUGGGUGGUGAGCUUUGCGCUUUGGAGCUUCGCAACGUGUUGGUUGUUGUUAGCCAUACUCGCACUUGGGGAUGUUUUGAAGAGAAAUUCGUUGCCGUUCAAGAUUACGUUCUGGGGAAUGAUAUUCCCUAACGGAGUAUAUGCAAAUCUGACAAUCCAACUCGGCCGCACACUCGAUUCACGUAUCCUCCAUAUAUGGGGCGCGAUAUAUGCAGUUGCAACAUUCCUGCUUUGGUGCUUCGCGAUGGCGCGGACACUUCCGAGUAUAUGGGACGGGUCGAUAUUCGAAGCGCCGUGUCUUGCCAAACCGGAGCGAGCUGAACUACUUGGAGAGGAUUCAGCUCGAACGAGCGUCGUGGAUGUUGCGAACGUUGCAGGUGCUGGCGAGGAGAGGCCUGUUCAGCAGGAGAAACGAUGAACAUCUUGGUAUUGGCAUUUGGAUAGCUGGAUAGACUUGAGAUUUUUUUUUGAAAGCUUUAGUAGCAAGGCAUGAUGAAAACUUUAAUUCCUGAUUCUGCUAAUGUUCUUACGC